AUGUGCGUAUACGGCAGUUUGAAUCCGCCGAAACAAGAAUUGUUGCAGGCAUCUGCUGAGAACAAUGCAGGCUGUCAAUGCGCACCCAAUCCUACAGACUACGAGAAUAAGAACCCUGGGGCAAAAGUUGGAAGGAAGGCCGCCAAGGCAGCCGCUUUUAUUUGCUGGAACUUCCUGAGUAUGGCUGUGAAGACUGCGGUGGAAGACGUUGUGCCAUACGAGGCCCUUUUCAAUGUCGUGACCCCAAUCUUGACCAAUUUCUUCCCCGAGCCCAGCGAGAAACGUCCUAAUCCUUGUCACGAUGCAGAAGCAGGUGACUGGGGAAAGUGCGUGUGGCAGCAAGUCCAGCCUUUCGUCCAGAAGUACGUCGCCCAUGAGAUCAACGGCGUUUUCGAUGAGCUGUGGCAGGCGCACAUUCUGGGCUUUGGGUCAACACUGCGGGAUAUUUGGACGGUGUUGGAGGGCAGUGCCUCGCAGGACCGCUUUGACCACUACAUGCAGAGUUUGUACCAUGUGUUCAACAAUAUGAAUGAGAUCGCUCCGGAAUUCUUCACGGAUCCUGCCAUGACCACGACGAAAGGCAUUUAUUUGGAACAGUUUGCUGCUUUGCACAUCUCGGUCAUGUCGGUGCUUUUCGGCGCCGCGAAGCGGUUCCGUUCCUCGGGUCAUCGGAUUGUUUUUCAGAGACACAUCUUGUGCUAUGCCAAGCAAGUGUUCAUGACCACCACGAAGGCAAAAGAAGACCGCCUCCGUAAGAUCACGGACUACACCGAUCAGCCCUAUACAAUAUGGUGCAACCUUAUACUUGGCCUGCGGACACCUUGUGGUGAAACAGACCCUCCCGGCACACACUGGUCGGAUGCGGCCUGGGGCUGCAGUGCAGAAGGGACGUGCGCUUGGCACUGCGUAGAGCAGGCCGCUGGGCAGAAGUGCCCAGCUUGGCCAACUUGCACCAACGGCGAGAAAUACCUCACACAACCUACCCAGCACAAGAAUUGUGUGGCAGAACAGCUCAAUAAGUUCUGGGCGUCGCGGCUGAUGGCUGUCCCGUAUUGGCUGAUGGCUGUCAUGGAAAUGCAGCACGUGAACGUCACUGGUACCGCGCUGCCAGAGGGACCAUUGAUCUGCGAUUGGUGA